UAUACUAGCCAAGCGAAUAAAUGGUCUCAAAUUUGAGGUCCAGUAGGUCCGAUUACCACCCACGCUGAAACUUCAGCGCCUGAAAUUCAGUACCUUUCGAAAGCUUGGCGGGGGAGGUCGCCGCGUUUCUGAACGGGACGCGAUCGAAAUUUCUGAACGUAACUUAACAUAAAAAAAACUGCAAUAGCAUCGUCACCGAUUUCAUAUUUAAAAAAUCGAACGCGCCGAUCACCGACCACGAUUUAAAUUUCGAUUACAAUUUUGUUUUGAGUUUGGAACACGUGGUGACGCUUUGUUUUUAUUCGGUCUGCAGUCGGCCAGUUGUAAUAUUUUUUCUCUGAGUGUUUGUGUUUGUGUCGGGUAGUUUUCCUCAGAAUGUGGUGGAUCCUGCGCCGGGCUCGGCUGACGGGGGCGUCGUUCUUCAGCCAGUCCUCAAGCACCAACAACAACAACGUCUCCAAAGCAGAAUCGCGACCACCACGCAAGAACUACAACCAGCUGUCGUCAAACGAGAAGCUCGACAAUCGACAGACUGAAGACAUCCACAUUGAGGAGGCGGCGGCGGAGUCGGACGCGAGCAGCACUGAUCUAGACGAGCGCGACACCCGGAAUGUGUGCCCGCCGUGCCGUGCGCACGCCGACCGAUAUAACAACAACCACCGACACGACGAUUUCAGUGAUGAUUCAGAUUACGAGGAGGCGUUGACGUGCAACGUGUGCGACCGCUCGUUCCCCUCGCGCCGUGACCUCGCCGACCAUCAGCAGAAGAAACGCCAUUUCGGCUGCAGCGCCUGCGACAGUCUCUUCCCAUCGCUCAUGGCUCUCGAACACCACAAGGAGGAGUUCCAGCACUGGAGCGACUCCUCAUGCUGCUCACACUCGGAGUCUGAAGACAGCGAGGCGGACCCGCACGACCGACACCGCCUCUUGUAAUGCCACCACCUCAUUGUUGCCGGGGACAAGCCUAGUCGGCUUGGCACUUUCGUUUGAGUUUUUUGGGAAGUUAGCUGGAGUUGGUUGGUUUUGGUAGUGCAAGGUGGAAU